AUGAAGUCUGCGGGGGGCUCGCGCGGGGGCGGGUCCCGGGGGUCUGGCGGCAGCUGGGGCGGUGGCCGUGGCCGCGGCCGCGGGGGGAAAGGAGGAGAUGGCAGCGGCCCGGGAGGCAAGGGCGGCUUCGGGGAACGGGGCCGCAGUUUCAGGGGCCGAGGCCGUGGGCGCGGCGGCGGGGACAGCAGGGACCGAGGCGGCGGCGGGCAGCGGCGCGGUGGUGUGUCCAAAAGCAAAAGCCGCCGCAGGAAGGGCGCCAAUGUGGUCGCGUCUGUGGAGCCGCACCGGCACGAAGGCGUAUUCAUCUACCGCGGAACGGAGGACGCGCUGGUCACGCUGAACCUGGUGCCCGGCCUGUCGGUGUAUGGCGAGCGGCGCGUGACGGUGACCGAAGAUGGCAUCAAGCAGGAGUACCGCACCUGGAACCCUUUCCGUUCCAAGCUGGCCGCGGCCAUUCUGGGCGGGGUCGACCAGAUCCACAUCAAGCCCAAGUCCAAAGUGCUGUAUCUGGGGGCUGCCUCGGGAACCACUGUUUCCCACGUCUCCGACAUCAUCGGCCCAGAUGGCCUGGUCUACGCUGUCGAGUUCUCUCACCGCGCCGGCCGGGAUCUAGUCAACGUGGCCAAGAAGCGAACUAACAUCAUCCCGGUCCUUGAGGAUGCCCGGCACCCGCUGAAGUACCGUAUGCUGAUCGGGAUGGUGGACGUGAUCUUCGCCGACGUAGCCCAGCCGGACCAGUCACGCAUCGUGGCUCUCAAUGCCCACACCUUCUUGAGAAAUGGGGGCCAUUUCCUCAUUUCUAUCAAGGCCAAUUGCAUAGACUCCACGGCUUCAGCAGAGGCCGUGUUUGCGUCAGAGGUGAAGAAGUUGCAGCAGGAGAAUUUGAAGCCUCAAGAGCAGUUAACAUUAGAACCUUAUGAGAGGGACCAUGCUGUGGUCGUUGGGGUCUACCGACCUCUUCCCAAGAGUAGCAGCAAGUAG